CCUGCACUACAGCUGCGUACCCUCUGCUUGCUCUGAAACUUGAAAGAGAGAAAGAUUGAAGGCAUUAGUUUUCUCAUUCAUUUCCUCUCUCUCUCUCUCUCUCUCUCUCUCUCAGAUGGCAUUAUUCAUCAAAACAAAGGUGAGACCUCUCUCCAUUUGUUCUUUUUCUCCUUUCUUUCAUCUCCCUUCCCAACCCUUCUCUUCUCCUUCUCCCGACAUCGACAACGACGACCACAAUGACAACGAACACAACAACAGUAGCAACAACAAUGGAAAAAGCAACAAUAACGACAACAAUAACGAUGAUGACGGUCUCUCUAUCGUAGAAACCCAACUCAUAGAAAAAUUCCACUCCGUCAUUAAAUCCCACCACCGGAAUAACCCUAACCCUAACCCUAACAACACCAUCCCUCCUAAUCCCAAUCUCUCCAUCUCCUUCUGGCACGUCACCACCCCCACCGCCAUCUCCCCCUCCGUCGUCCGCCACGUCAUCGACCGAUGCGCCUCCGUCCGGCAUGGCAUCCCCUUCGCCCAGGUCCUCUCCUUCUUCAACUGGGCCACCAGCCUCCCCCAUUUCCCUCCCUCCCCGGCCCCCUAUGUUGCCAUGAUCGAUCUCUCCGGCAAGGCCCGCCACUUCGACCUGGCGUGGCACUUCAUUGACUCCAUGAAGGCCCGUUCCAUUGCCAUACCCAUCGAGGCCUUCAACGUCCUUAUCCGCCGUUAUGUCCGCGCCGGCUUGUCUGCUGAAGCCAUCCAUGCCUUCCACCAGAUGGACGACUAUGGCUGCCCUCCCGACCGCAUUGCGUUCUCUGCCGCGAUCGCGAUCCUCUGCAAGAAACGCCGGGCUGCUGAAGCACAUGAGUUCUUUGACAGCCUGAAGCACAAGUUCAUGCCCCACGACGUUGUCACCUACACCAGUCUGGUCCAUGGCUGGUGCCGUGCCCGUAAUAUAUCUGAAGCUGAGAAGGUUUUCCGGGAAAUGAAAGAUGAUGGGAUCCAGCCCAAUGUCUACACCUACAGCACUGUGAUUGAUGCUCUGUGUCGGGCAGGGCAGAUCAGCCGUGCCCAUGACGUAUUCAGCGAGAUGAUUGAUGUGGGGUGCACACCGAAUGCUGUCACGUUCAACAACUUGAUGCGUGCCCACGUAAAGGCAAAGCGGACUGAGAAGGCCCUGCAGGUGUACAAUCAAAUGAAGAGGAUGUCGUGCGACCCGGAUGUGAUCACUUACAAUUUCAUUAUUGGGUGUCACUGCCAGGAUGGGAAUCUUGAGGCAGCAAUGAAAGUCUUGAAUCAGAUGGUGGCCAAAGCGUGCACUCCAAACGCCAAUACGUUCAACCCAAUCUUCAUAUCCAUUCUUAAGAUGGGCGACGUCAAUGCGGCACACAGGCUGCACUCGAAGAUGAAGGACUUGAAUUGUGCGCCUAACACCGUGACUUACAAUGUUCUUAUGCGGAUGUUUGCCCAGUUUAAGUCGACAGAUAUGGUUUUAAAGUUGAAGAAGGAAAUGGAUCAAAGUGGGUGUGAGCCGAAUGUGAAUACUUAUCGGGUUUUGAUAUCGACAUUUUGUGGGAUUGGGCAUUGGAACCGGGCGUAUAAAUUUUUUAGGGAGAUGAUUGAGGAGAAGUGCUUGAAACCGACGAUGCCGGUUUAUGAGAUGGUUUUGGAGCAGCUGAGAAAAGCUGGGCAGAUCAAGAAGCAUGAGGAGAUUGUGGGGAAGAUGGUGGGGAGAGGGUUUGUUAGUCGGCCUUUGUAACACCGAUGAAGCAAUUGUUUGACGAGGAGAGAGCCAUUGAUGUGGUAGGUGCGUUCAAUUAUAUUUGAACUUGUUUUGAAUGGAUUAGGUUGUAAUCUAAAUAUGGAUUGUAUUUGGUAGAUGUUUUUUUUUUUUGGUCCUAACCUCUUUGUAAAACCUUGAGAUUCCCUAAAACUCCCCGCUGUCCCUCAUAAAAGUAAAAUUAAAUGUAAUUCCCUAUUUCCAACACAAAAUUUCUUUCA